AUGGUCUUUGUUGACCGUUUCAGCAAGAUGGUGUAUCUCGCUGCUGUCGCGGCGGAGGUGACCUUCGUACAGAUGGCACGUCUGUUCGUCGACAUGGUGUUCAAGCAGCAUGGCAUGACCAGCAACUUUGUGACGGACCACGAUCCGCGCUUUACGAUGCGUUUCUGCCAAGAAGUGUUCCCACUUCUUGAAACGCAGUUCUCAAUGUCGACUGCGGAUCAUCCGCAGACGAGCGGGCAAACCAAGCGCAUGAACCGCGUGCUCGUGGACUUGCUGAAGAGGUACGCCCAGGCGAUCCACAACUGA